AUGGCGGCACUGCUGCUGCAGGAGUUUGAACCUUCCGAGAUAUCCAAACUACCCAAGAACCUUCAAAACAAAAUUGAGAAGAUUCUUUCGGAUCAGCAGUAUGAAAUUGACUCUUUGAAAGCACAACAGGAACAAUUCAGGGUUGACAGCGAGCAACACUUCUUUGAGAAAGUGAAACAGCUCGCAGAGUGUCAAGAAGAAUUUUUAUCCAAAACUCAAGAGCAUCUGAAACUGAAAGAGGAGUUCACCAAGCUUGAGGAGGAGCUGCAAAAUGUGCGUGGAAAGAACAAGGAAUAUGAAACUAUCCAGGAGAAGUUGUCAUCAGAGCAGACGGUGCUAUCAAAAGCUAAAGAGGACCUGGAGGCAGAAAAGCGAGAGCUUUUGCGAACAUUGGAAAGACGAUCCCUGGAAGUGGAGAACUUAAAUGAUGACUUGAGGCAAGUUAAUGACAAGUUGGUGGAGGCCGGCACCUCUAAAAUAGCCUUGCAGAUGAAGCUGGAUGAGCUUGAAGCGGCAGAAGUCAGCAUUAAAUAUAAAGAAAAACGCAUGGAGCAGGAGAAGGAGUUGUUGCAUGGCCAGACAUCUUGGCUGAAUAAAGAGCUAAAAGCCAAGAGUGAAGAGCUGCUGGCCCUUUCCCGACAGAAGGGGAAUGAGAUUCUGGAUCUGAAAUGCAGCCUAGAGAAUAAAGAAGAUGAGUUGAACAGACUCCAAGAGCAAGUGGCCAGUUUGAAGACUUCAAAUGAGCAGCUUCAGAAACAGAAUGAGGACAUGAUUGGGAAACUAAAAGAGGCCAAAGAACAACAUGCUUCAAUGGAGGAAAAGUUUAGAAGUGAACUAAAUGCCAACAUUAAACUUUGCAAUUUAUAUAAGGGAGCGGCAGAAGACUCAGAGGCAAAGAGUGGGGAGUUGAGUCAGGCAUUGGAGGAGCUGCAUAAGCUACUGAAGGAUGCUGGAGAAGCCAACAAGACCCUCGAAGAGAAAUUGCAGGAAAUGAACGGUAGCACUGAUAAGACUGUUGUUGAGUUAAAGGAGAGAAUUCAGGGCCUUGAGAAAGAGCUGGACAAUGCCAAUGAGCUGCUAUCAAAUUCUAAACUCAGAGGUCCUGUUGGAACAUCUGUGUUGACUGAGGAGCAAAUGACAACAAUGUCUCCAACAGCAGCUGCUGUGUCCAAAAUAAAACCUGGCAUGAAGCUGACAGAGCUGUAUACAGCUUAUGUGGAGAGCCAGGAGCAGCUUCAGCUGGAGCGACUGGAAAACAAGCGAGUCAACAAGUACCUGGAUGAUAUAGUGCAGGAAGUGGAAGCAAAAGCUCCCAUCCUCAAGCGGCAAAGGGACGAACAUGAGCGUAUGCAGAAGUCAGUGACAAGUCUGUCUGCCAAAUUGGAGCAAGCUAUCAAGGAGGUGCAUCGUCUGCAAAAGGAGGCUGAUGAGGCCAAUAAGCGCUCUUCUGUCCUAGAAAGGGACAACCAGAGGCAUGAACUGCAGCUGGCAGACAUGUCUCAGCAGGUUCGUGUACUGCUGAUUGAACUGGAAGAGGCCCGUGGAAAUCAUGUGCUCCUGGAAGAGGAGGUGAGUUUGGCUGAUGUCAGUAGCACAUCAGAAGUCAUCAGUCAACACCUGGUGACGUUCAGAAGUGUGGAAGAGCUACAGAAGCAGAAUCAACGUCUCCUGGUGGCUCUGAGGGAACUUGGAGAGACCCAAGAGAAAGAGGAGCAGGAGGCCACUGGCAGCAUGCGCGUUGAAAUGGAGCAAAGUUUAGAGAAAGCCCAGGCCGACCUGGACGCUUUGAAGGAGCAACGGUGCCAACAAAUGAAGAUAACGGAGUCUGUUGUGAGGCAGAGGGACAUGUACCGUGUGCUGCUGGCUCAGGCGACAGGAGUGGCCUUCCCUCAGCAAGGCACUCCACCUGAGGACUUCUCCAUGACCUCCACCCCUCGACGUUCACCUGCAGCCACACCUACCACUGGAACACCCACUGCACUUGUUUCCAUGGCAGCAGAGUCUGCUGAAGCACUGGAGGCCAAGGCAGCUUUGCGACAGUUGCAGGAAGUCUUCACCACGUACAAGAGGGAACGUGUGGAAAAUGACAAAGUACUGACAGAGCAGAAUGAGAAACUCCAGGAGCAGCUCUCAGACCUCCGCUCCCAGAAUGCAAAGAUAUCUACACAGCUGGAGUUUGCCUCUAAGAGGUAUGAGAUGCUGCAGGACAAUGUUGAGGGCUACCGAAAAGAGAUCGCCUCCCUUAGAGAAAAAGGACAGAAGAUGACCACUGCUAUGCAGAAGCAUGAGCAGACCAUCCAUACCCUGAAUGAGGAUCUGAGAGCUGCCAAAGAAAAACUUGCCAUGGCUGAGGGCCAUGCUGAGAGUCUACGUAAGGAGAGAGACAUGCUGAAGCUGGUGGAAUCCAGACUGAAUCAGGAGAAGGAUGCAAUCUCAAGUCAACAGCAGAGCCAGAACCUGCUGCUCACAAACCUCCAGACCAUUCAGGCCACCCUAGAACGCUCAGAGACAGAUACUCGUCAGCGCCUUAACAGUCAACUGGAGAAGCAGGAGCGUGAGAUCUCCCAGUUGCAGAAGCGGUUGGAGCACGAGGUGGAACAGCGGCACCUGCUCACAAGAAACCAGGAGAUCCAGUUGAUGGAAACAAAGAGACAACUGGAAUCACAGGUAACAUUAUACCAGAAGACCAAGGAGCUCCUGAAUGCAGCAGAGUUGGAGCUCAACACACUGAGACUGCAUCAAGGCAGCGGCGAAGGCCGACACAGCCUGAGCCUACCAUCUGUGCCCACCAUCAGAGGCCUGCCAGGCUCGGAUCAGGACAGAGAGGACAUGCAGGGCCGCCUGAGACUGGCUGAAACCCGGGCAGAGGAGCUGUCGGAGAGCCUCAGGACAGUCACUUCAAGCAUGGAGCAGUACAGAGUCAUGGCCCAGAGCCUUGAGGAGUCACUGGAUAAAGAGAAGCAGGUCACAGAGCAAGCACGUGCCUCUAUUGAAGCUCGUAUGAAGGAGGCUGAAGCUCAGCACCACAGACUGGAGGAGAAGAUUAUGGAAGCAGAAAAAGAGAAGCAAGACUUGGAAGAGCAGAAGAAGAAAGCCUUGGCCUCUCUUGAGGAACAGAUAAAUAGUCUAAGAAGAAACCUAAGCACCGCUCAGGCAGAUCACCAGGAGGUGCUACAGAGACUGGCUGUUUCUGAAGCUCAGCAGCAGCAGACUUUGCAAGACAACCAGGAGCAGGCUAAGCUGGUGGCUGAAGCACAAGAUAAGUAUGAGCGGGAGAUGAUGCUGCAUGCAGCAGAUGUGGAGGCCCUGCAGGCUGCUAAGGCUCAGGCCCUGCAGGCUGUUGAGCUCAGGCACCAGCUGGAGGAGAGAGCCCAGAGGGUCAGUGCUGAGCUAAUCGAGGCCAGGGUCUCCUGGGAGGAGCAGGAAAAGAUCCUCAAGGAGGAGAUGUCCAAGAUGGAGAAACGUUAUGAGGAGUUACAGAGACAGAACACACUGCUGCAUGAGCAGAUCCAAACAAUGAGCAGGAGGAUGGCUGACAAUCUGCAGCGUGUUGCUAGUGAGAGACCCAUGAACAUCUCCUUAACUGAGGAGGGCAAAUCUCAAGACCAGGUCCUUGAGAUUCUCAGGUUUGUGCGUCGGGAAAAGGAGAUUGCAGAGUCUCGCUUUGAGGUUGCCCAAGGAGAGAGUUUGCGAUACCGUCUGAGAGUGGAGCAGCUGGAACGUGAACUGAAGGAGGUCCAAGACAGUUUGAGUGCAGCCAGAGAAAGAAUGCAGGUAACUGCAAAAACCCUGGCUCAACACGAUGAGCUGAUGAAGAAGACUGAAACUAUGAGCAUCCUGAUGGAGACCAACAAGAUGCUGAGAGAGGAGAAGGACAAGAUGGAGCAGGAGCUGCAGCAAGCGCAAGCAAAGGUGCAGAAGCUGGAAUCGGACAUUUUGCCACUUCAGCAGGCCAACUCGGAACUGAGUGAGAAAAGCGGCAUGCUGCAGGCUGAGAAAAAAAUACUGGAGGAUGAAAUCAAGCGCUGGAAGUCUCGGACACAGCAUUUGGUGACCCAGCAGAAAGAUUCCGAUCCAGAGGAGUAUAAGCGUCUGCAUUCUGAGAAAGAAGCCCACCUUAAACGCAUUCAGCAGCUCACAGAGGAGAACAACAGGUUUAAAGUAGAGGCAUCAAGGACCAGUGGUCUCACAACAUCUCUGCAAAACCAGGUCCAGAGUUUGCGUGAUGGUGUAGCUAGGAUAACUGAGGAGAGAAAUGCACUUAAGACAGAACUGGAUGCCAAAAAUCAGGAUCUUCAGGAGAAGGUGCGAACUAUUACCCAGGUCAAGAAGAUUGGACGCCGCUAUAAGACUCAGUUUGAAGAACUCAAAGUGCAGCAUGACAGGAUCGUAGCUGAGGCUGCAGCAGGUCCAUCCCAAGAUGAGGAGGCUCGUCAAGCUUCAGUUCAGGAAAUGCAGACCCUCAAAGAUUCUCUAAGCCAGGCUGAAGCCAAGACCAAAGAACUGGAAGGACAGCUGGAGAGCAUUAACAAGGUGGUUACAGAGCGAGACACAGAGGUUCGUAAUGCCCAGGAACAGUCAACUAGGCUGCAGACAGAGCUAACCAGGCUGAGGCAGGAGCUGCAGUUUAAAGUUACCCAGGAGGAAACACUGAGACAGCAAAUGGCCGACAAGGAGGAGAAGAUGAGAAAAGCAGUAGUUUAUGCCAGACAAAAGAUCAACCAGCUUAUGGCUACCAAAGACCAGAUGCAGACAGAAAAUGAUGAGCUGAAGCAGCAGCGUGAGGAGCUGGAGGUGCGAGUGAGCGCCCUCAAAUCCCAAUACGAGGGCCGCCUCAGUCGCCAAGAGAGGGAACUGAGAGACUUACGAGGCCAACAGGAGAGACAAGAGCAAAGAGACGAACCGGCUGAGGCAGGACCAAGCAAGACCCAGGAGCAGCAGAGGAGCACAGAACAGCGACAGAUAAGCCUCAAAACCACCCCAGCGGCAGACAGGGGCAGUGCCAGCACCUCUGAGCCUCCAACUGCCAACAUUAAGCCCACACCUGUAGUGGCCACAGCAGGCAAGCAGGCAGUCAACCCAGGGAACAAGCCCACCCCAAGGGCAAGCAUCAGGCCCAUGAUCACCCCGGCCACUGUGCCCACACCCACACCCACUGCUACGGUCAUGCCAACCACACAGGUGGAGACGCAAGAGGCCAUGCAGUCUACUGAAGGCCCACCAGUUGAGCAUGUGACUGUGUACGGCAGCGCCAGCGGCUCUGUGCGCUCGGCCAGUCCUAAUGUCCAGACCACCUUGGCCAGCCCCAUGCUGACCGUGCAGCAGGUUCAGACACAGGCCACAGCGUUUGUCCAACCAACUCAGCAGCAGAGCAUGACCCAUGCAGAGCCGGCCCCGCAGGAACCACCGCCCGUGGUCAUCGAAGCCACGCCGAGCUCCCAGGUGGAGUGGCCCUCAACAUCCUCCACCUCUUCUGUGUUUGGACCAGUUUCAGCUACACCAGGAACCUCCUCAAUGACAAAGAGGCCUCGUGAUGAAGAGGAAAGCACCUCCCUUGUAACAGACACAGAGACUCCCCAGGAGGACACCGCCAGGGGUCCCAUAUCGAAGAAGCUGCGCAUCAUCCAGAGAGUGGGUCCAGAGGAGGAGAUGUUGGUCGAGGACAGUGCUGAGGCUGAAGGAGUGGUUCCAACAGACAGUCAGGACGGUGCAGAAGCAGCGCAGGCUGAAGAGUUUCCAACACUGGAGGAAGAAGAUGAGAGCGAAACCCCUCAGUCAGUCAUGGACCAAGAGGUGACACUGACACAAAGUGACACCACUGAACAGCUGCAGCAGGACGUCAUCGUCAUAUUAACAGACUCAGAGAGUGAGGAAGACCAGGAGGAGGAGGAUGAAGAGGAGGAAGAACAGGACUAUGAUGAAGAAGAGGAAGAUGAAGAAGAGGAGGAGGAAGAUGAUGAGGAUGAGGAGGAAGAUGACGGAGGGAUGGGGGACGAAGGGGAGGACAGUAACGAGGGGAGCGGAGACGGGAAUGAGGUUUACGAAGGAGACGACACAGAGGGGGCUGAUGUAACCGACCCGGGCACCGAGACAGAGGAGAGUCUGGGGGCGACCGACUCCACCCAGAGGCCCGCUGAUUCCCAGACACCCAGCUUUGAGGGCAGUGCGAUGGAGGCCUUUUCCUCUGAACAACCAAUCACAAGCUCCGGCACACGCAUGCCACAGUCACCACGGAGAACAGCGCAUCACCCCCCUCGCCUGAACAUCCACUCUACCCCAACAUCAGAGCUGGGCCCACCAGCUCAGGUUCAGCGCAUCCCUGGUCGGCGGCAGCUCGCUCAGCUUCCCCCUGGAGUUCCCAGUAGUGCUCAGCACUUUGACGAUGAUGACAGGAUGGUUCCUAGCACUCCCACUCUGGUGGUUCCACACCGCACUGAAGCUUUUGACCAGGCCAUCCACUCCCCUCAGGUGGCAGGUGUGCCUCGCUUUAGGUUCGGCGCUUCGGAGGAUAUGCCGCAGACCACCUCGUCUUCACAUUCUGACCUGGGAGAGCUCGCAUCUCAAGGAGGUCUAGGAAUGUAUGAGAGCCCUCUGUUCCUAGCAGCUCAUGAAGAGGAGUCUGGAGGACGUAGCGUUCCCACCACACCUCUACAAGUGGCAGCACCAGUAACGGUGUUCUCAGAGGUGGUUCAGUCCGAUACCACAGACCACGCCUCCCAGUCGGUUCCCAUGGUGAGCACGUCCACGCCGACCAUGGUUGUGUCUGGAACAGCUGGUACAGGGGAGGAGAGGGAUGAUGUCUUCCUGGAGCCAGACACUGAUAGACCCAGUGCUGAAGGGUCUAUGGAACCUGUUGUAUCGCAGGGAGAUAUGGAGGAGCCGAGUCAGCCGUCAGACAAGGCCAGCCUCCCCACCACCAGCCAGGAGCCCUCCUCCAGCUCAGCAGAUACGAGCAGUGCUCCACCUAAACCCUCUAGACCUGGACCGAGCAGACAGCUGCAGCGCUGGCCUGAAGGCCGAGGUGGUCGCGGGAAGAGAGGAGGUCAUGCAUUUUCUUCUCGGGGUCUGCACCGGAGAUGAAUCUCCAGAUGAAGUACUAAUUCCAUAUUCAACAACCAUGACUGAGGAGGAGGCUGUUGACAAAAACACAGUACACAUUUUUACAGCUGGAGCAUUCAGAUUCUGUUACUCAGUCUUAAUAAUCUUCCCAUGUUCAGAAGCCUGUUGUGUUUAUUGUUUUUAUUGAACUUGGAAAAUACCUUUUGUAUUCACGGCCCGUGCUCAGGCAGUGUGUUUUAUGAAGAAUGUAAUAAACUUAAAAACCAUGAGAAA